AUGCCUUGGGCUGACAUCCCGCUGCUUGAUUCGCUGCAUCUCGCGUUGAUUACUCGCACGGUGUACACCUGUGCCGUCAGCGAUUUCUCUGAUCCAAAAGCCUGGAUUGUACCGUCAUGGCUGCGAGCGCUGCCGCCGCAUUCGACGUUGUUCUUCAUGUCAGCGGGGAGCAUCGUAUUCUCAAUCAAAAGCUUCCUGGUCGUUGGCGACGUGUUUCACUUGUCGCAGAUUUCGGAUUCGGACGCGCUAUUCAAACGGUGCUCUUACCAGUACAUCACCAUGCCCGACAACCUCAUCUUUAUCGCUCUGUUCUUCGUUCUCCCCAAACUUGGGCUCAAUGCACUGCUUGCUACACUGAAUGCACGACUAGACCUGCGCAGGACACGUCAGCACAAUCUCAGCACCUCGGGCCAAUCUAUGAAGCCAUUGCUGUCCCCAUCAAUCAGAUACAGCAGCAAGACAGAACCAGGCAGCCCCCGAAAUCUCAGCGGGAGGUACCUCAGUUUCCAGGUGCAAGCGGAAACCCUGCCGCAACUUCCGCGGGCAAGCAGGACGGCUAUGCAUCGUGUUGGCUAUGCAGAUGCCGAUAUUCUAGAGCAGGGCCUUUGGAGUCCGCCCACUAUCUUCCGCAGCCCUCGACAGAGUCACUUCUCUGAUGAUUGA